AUGAAUUUUACUUUUCUUCUGACAGCAUAUGGACCUCCAGGGCCGGUAAAUAAUGGAGGUUUUGUACUAACCUUUUUACUUUUUUGUCUCACAACAUUUUCAAAUCUUGUACUUAUGUGUGUUAUCUAUGUUGAUUCAAACUUACACAAGCCGAUGUAUAUAUUAUUGUUCAACUUGGCACUGAAUGGACUGGUAGGCUGUACAUCAGUCUGUCCUAAGGUAAUGGAAAAUCUGAUUAAGGUUGUACCUGACAUUACUUAUGAAGGCUGUUUAUUGCAGGUGUUUUUUAUUAAUGUACAUGCAACAAGUGCUUAUGCAAUUUUAACUGCAAUGGCUUAUGACAGGUAUGUUUCAAUUUGUAAGCCAUUGCAAUACUAUAGCAUUAUGACCCCCUUUAAAGUAAAAUUGUUGUUGGUCAUAGUCAAUUUCAUCCCUAUUAUCCUUUUAGCAAUUCAGGUGUUUAUUACCUCAAGACUGCCUCUUUGUGGUUAUAUCAUUAACAAGCUGUUUUGUGAUAACCUGGCUAUAGUUAACUUGUCUUGUGUUCGAAGUGCUGUCAGCAAUUUAUAUGGUAUAUUCAUCAUAUCAAUCCUGGUGAUUUUACCACUUCUUUUAGUAGUGCUGUCAUAUAUCAGAAUAUUAAUUGUCUGCUUGAAAGCUUCAAAGGACUCACAAAAGAAAGCCUUUAGCACAUGUGCCCCUCAUUUGAUAAUUUUCAUUAAUUUCUCUACAGCCACACUUUUCUCUGUUAUUUAUAAUAGAAUAGAAAACAGUGUUAUUUCUAGAGAGGUCAACAUAAUUAGUUCAGCUGCGUUCAUUCUGUUCCCUCCUUUGUUAAAUCCAUUUAUCUACGGGAUCAGGACCAAGGAGAUCCAAAUUGCUAUUAGAAAAAUCCUUAGAGGAAGAGUUUCUGCAUGGUCCAAUGACAUUGCACAUCUAAAAUCCAAACCUGUAAUGGUGUUAAAUAUUACAUAG